AUGGGCAGCCCAUCCUUCUUACAAGGUGCAGUGGAUGAGUUCACCGUGGGACCAAAUGAUGGGUGGUCGCCCUGUGUGUGGUCGCUUUUGGUUGGACUCGCAAAUUCGGAAAGCGAGGAAUCGAUCGAGGUGGUGGGGAUUUCUUCCAGCUCUAGAAUGGGUUUCUUGCUAUUGGUAAACCUCAGAGAAUCGCUCGUCAACGAUGGAAAAGAGGCGUCCCGCACGAAGCUCUUUGCGAUUUUGGUACGAUCAAACCCCUUGCUUUCGUGA